UGCUCCCGCCGCGCUGCGCUCCGCUCCGCCGGCAGCCCGCUGCCGAGGCGCAGGACGGCGGUGGCAUCCGCCGCCGGGAGCAGGGCUGGGCUCGGCGCUUGGAGCGGCGGCCAGCUCACGCAGUCGCAGGGAAGAGGAGCAGCCGGGAGCGCCGGCGGGGCCGGGAGCCCGCCCGCCGCCGGAGCACGGCGUGGAGGAUCGGCACAUCCCUGUUCCGCCGGGGGCGGCUCUGCCAACCUCCCCGCCGCCUCCCCUUCCCUCCCUUCCCGCCCCUCCGGAGCGACAUCCCUGCGAGUUUUCUUCGCUGCCCGCGACCGUCGCUGGGCGCCCGCCGCCGCAUCUCCCUGGCCAUCAACUCUGGGGAGCCGCCGGCGGAGAGCAAGGACCCGAAGUUGCGGCCAGCCCGGGUGAAAAGUAGCGGCAACGCGGAAGGGACCGGAACCGAUCACAACCCGGCCCAGUCUAGCGGGGCCGGUGCAGCGCGCCGCCGCCCGCAGCCCCCCCCCCCGACCGGGGCUGGCCCCGCGCCCCGGGCCGCGCUGGCGGGGCAGAGCGACGCGGCCCCGCGGCGGCUGCCGUCCGCCCCGAUCCCCGCCCGACCCGCUGCGAAAGAACCAACAUGCAAAGUGGAAGGAAACUCGAAACUGCUCUUUUAACGAAAAAGUGUUGGCUUUCUGCCUCUUUCACAUGUUUUCCUUUUGCUUCAUAAUGGAAGGAGCAGGAUUAUCUGAAUCAUUGAGGCAAAAUUUGGGCAUCAUUGGCUGAAGAUAAGAUGAAAGAAGACUUGAAAAUAUGUCGAUACUCUAUGACUGUUAAUUCAGAGGCACCUUUCACAAACAGAGGGGAAUAGCGGUUAAAAGCACUGCAGUUUCACCAGAAGGAGUAAUGGAGCAUCCAUGUUGAUCUUUUGUUUAUUAAUUUUUUUUCCUUCCCACUCCCCCAUGAGUCCAAAAAGAGAAAGAUGGAAAGAGUCUGUAUGGAAAUUGAGAUAAGGGGAGGCUGAAGACAAUAACUUCAGUUUUGGAGUCGGUUUUCCAAGCGCUGUAAAUUCCCUAUUUCAUCAAAUACAACCCAUUGUUUUGAAUAAAUUAUAUUGUUUUGUGAUCAGUGGAGUUUUUGUCAGCUCUGGAAGUGGAAUUUAACCUGAUUGAAAGCUUUUUAAAAAAGUAAAUGCAUGACUCCAAUUCCUUUUUUCAAGUCAAGUUUUUCAAGUUAUCAAGAGAGAGUGUUUCAGUCUCUUACUGUGCAUUGUCAACCUGUGUUUUAUAUGCAUAUCUUAGAGAUUUUACUUUUUCUCUAAUUUUAGUAUUUACACUGUGGUGUUGUGUUUGAGAAAAGUGUGAACAGACAAGGCACCUGAGAUUUAAGUUUUUGAGAGCCUUGUUAUUUCAAUGUUGUAGCUCAGAUUGCAAGUAAUCUGAGUAUCUGUUAGAAUGCACAGUCUUUUCUCCUAAAAGUAUGCCUUAAGAUGUUCAUUUUGUGUACUAACUGGAUCAAAGUUUGAUAUCUGAACAUUGUGUUUUGUUAGGAAAUGCAUGCCUGGGGAAGAGGAGCUGCCUAAUGGAUCAUGGCUCUGAUGUUCACGGGGCAUACUUUAUUUCUAGCAUUAAUGAUGUUUGCUGUCUUCACUUUUGAAGAAUCUGUAAGCAAUUACUCUGAUUGGGUGACUUUCAUAGAAAACGUAGAUCAAUAUGAAAAGCAGCAACUCGAAGGUCUUAAGGCUGAGCAGAAGCUGAAAAAAACAGUUCUUCAUCCAAGCUUGUAUUUUGACGCGGAAGAUGUCCAGGAGCUGAGGCAGAAGGCUCGUACAAGCCAUUCCCAUCUCUUCAGAGCCAUCAGAAGUGCGGUGAUGGUUAUGCUAUCCAACCCAUUAUACUACCUACCACCACCCAAGCAUGUUGAUUUUGCUGCAAAGUGGAACGAGAUUUACGGUAACAAUCUGCCACCUCUAGCAUUUUAUUGUUUGCUGUGCCCCGACGAUAAAGCUGCGUUUGAUUUUGCCCUAGAAUAUAUGGAUAGAAUGGCUGGCUACAAAAACUGGUUGGUUGACAAUGCACCUGGAGAUGAAGUGCCACUCGGUCACUCUCUAACAGGAUUUGCCACUGCUUUUGAUUUCUUGUAUAAUUCACUGGAAAACGAGAGAAGACAAAAAUACCUGGAGAAGAUAUGGUCUGUAAGUGAGGAAAUGUAUGAGUACUCAAAGGUUCGUUCCUGGGGGAAGCAGCUUCUCCAUAAUCACCAAGCAACCAAUAUGCUUGCUUUGCUUAUUGGGGCUUUAGUUGCAGGGGUGGACAAAGGAUCUCAGGCAAAUAUUUGGAAACACACAGUCGUUGAUGUGAUGGAGAAAACAAUGUUUCUGCUCAAUCAUAUUGUAGAUGGGUCUCUGGAUGAGGGAGUAGCUUAUGGGAGUUACACAGCCAAGUCAGUAACCCAGUACGUUUUCCUGGCUCAGCGCCACUUUGGUAUUAACAACUUGGAGAAUAACUGGCUCAAAAUGCACUUUUGGUUUUACUAUGCCACCCUAUUGCCAGGCUUUCAGAGGACUGUGGGCAUAGCAGAUUCUAAUUACAACUGGUUUUAUGGUCCUGAGAGCCAAUUGGUUUUCUUGGAUAAGUUUGUCAUGAAGAAUGGAGCUGGCAACUGGCUGGCACAGCAGAUUAGAAAACACAGACCCAAGGAUGGGCCAAUGGUGCCGUCCACUGCACAGAGGUGGAGCACACUACACACUGAAUUUAUUUGGUACUCUGCCGAAAUCACUCCUCAGCCGCCUCCUGACUAUGGUACUGCUAAAAUGCAUGUGUUUCCUAACUGGGGAGUUGUUACUUAUGGGGCUGGAUUGCGAAACAGUCAGACAAACACCUUUGUGUCCUUUAAGUCUGGAAAACUCGGUGGACGUGCUGUCUACGAUAUUGUUCACUUUCAACCGUAUAACUGGAUUGAUGGGUGGAGAAGUUUCAAUCCGGGACAUGAACAUCCCGAUCAGAACUCUUUCACUUUUGCUCCCAAUGGACAAGUGUUUGUAUCUGAGGCUCUUUAUGGACCUAAACUCAGCCACCUGAACAAUGUCUUGGUCUUUGCUCCAUCUCCUACGAGCCAGUGCAACCAGCCAUGGGAGGGACAGCUUGGUGAGUGCGCCCAGUGGCUGAAGUGGAUUGGUGAUGAGGUUGGGGACUCGACUGGAGAAAUUAUAACAGCCUCCCAGGCUGGAGACAUGAUGUUUGUGAGUGGUGAGGCGGUAUCUGCUUACACAUCAGCAAUGAAAUUGAAAAGUGUGUAUCGUAUUUUGCUGCUCUUGAAUUCUCAGACAUUGUUAGUAGUAGACCAUAUCGAGAAGGAGGAAGACUCUCCUGUAAAUUCUGUCAGUGCCUUUUUUCAUAAUCUUGACAUUGAUUUUAAAUACAUACCCUAUAAAUUUAAGAACAAAUACAAUGGAGCUAUGAUGGAUGUGUGGGAUGCCCACUACAAGAUGUUUUGGUUUGAUCAUCAUGGGAGUAGUCCUGUUGCUAGGAUACAGGAGGCAGAACAAGCUGCUGAAUUCAAAAAGCGAUGGACUCAGUUUGUAAAUGUUACCUUUCCAAUGAAAAACAUGCUUACAAGGAUUGUUUACCUUUUCUAUGGCCCAUAUGUCAAUGUUUCUAACUGCAGACUCAUAGAUAAUGCAAAAUCUGGAUUUCAGAUUUCGCUCACUGUCAACACCACCGAAAGCAUCAUCUCUGUUGUGACUGAAUAUCAGAAUUUAAAGACAAGGUUCGAUUACUUGGGAUUUGGUGGUUUUGCCAAAGUAGUUCAUGAAAACAAAGUGACCAAGUUUGGUGUAGGUACUGAAUCUGUGGAAAAACAGAUAAAAAAUAAUAGGAUUGUUUUCCCAUUUGGAUUCAAAGUGAACAUAAUUGCAGGGCUAAUUUUGGGUGUUAGUUUGGUCAUAUUGGCUUUUCAGUGGCGGUUUUACAUAUCCUUCAGUAAAAUGUUGCGUUGGAUCCUGAUACUGGUUGUCACACUGUGGCUUAUUGAAUUGGUAGAUGUGUGGAGCAUGUGUACUCAGCCCAUCUGUGCAAAAUGGAGCAGUGACAUGACAAGGCUAGAACAUGGUAAAGGCAAUAAAGCCAAACAUUUAGAAGGAGACCCUGUUGUUUUGCCAGAUGUGAUCAUUACUUCACUUCCCGCUUCUGGAGCAGAAAUUUUAAAACAGCUGUUUUUCAAUAGCAGUGACUUCUUAUACAUCAGAAUACCUACGCCCUAUCUCGAAAUUCCUGAGACUGAAUUUGAAAUUGAUUCUUUUGUAGACCCAUGUGAGUGGAAGGUUUCUGAUGUCCAGAGUGGUCAUUUUCGUCUUAUCCAAGGGUGGCUCCAGUCUCUAGUUCGGGGCACAAAAUUGCAUUUACAAAACAUUCAUUUAUAUGAAGCCAGCAGAGGUAAAAUUGCUCAACAUUCUGCCAUAAGCAAGGACAAAAGGAAAAGAUCCAAAAAGAGAGAAUCUCUGUCAGAGCAAAGAAGCAGGGCAAGAGGGAGUCAAGAUAAAGAUGCUGAAUAUAUUAAGGAACUGAGAAGACACCUCAUCUAUUAUCCUAAUGCACGACCUGUGCUUAGUUUAAGUAGUGGGAGCUGGACAUUAAAGCUUCCCUUCUUUCAGGAAAUCCUAGGACCAUCAAUGAGAGCAUUGUAUGUAGUAAGGGACCCACGGGCGUGGAUCUAUUCAAUGUUGUACAAAAAUACGCCGAGUCUUUACUCCUUGAAAAAUGUUCCACAACGCUUGGCUGCAAUGUUUAAAGGGGAGAAUGGUAAAGGAAAAUGUAGUUUAAAUGAAGGCUAUGCCUUUGAAUAUGAAUCAUUAAGAAAAGAACUUUCAAAUUCUAAUUCAAAUGCUGUUUCUGUGUUGUCUUAUUUAUGGCUAGCAAACACAGCAGCAGCACUGAGAAUAAAUGGGGACUUGCAGCCAACAAAUUAUCAGCUGGUCAAGUUUGAAGAUAUUGUGAGCUUUCCUCAGAAGACGGCUGAAACAGUUUUUGCCUUUCUUGGUAUUCCUCUUCCUCCUGCUAGCUUAAACCAAAUAUUAUUUGCCACCUCCACCAGUCUUUUCUAUCUUCCUUACGAAGGGGAAAUUUCACCAAGUAGUAUUCAUGCCUGGAAAAAAAACAUGCCCAAUGAAGAGAUUAGACGGAUUGAAGAUAUCUGUUGUUCUCUAAUGGACCAUUUAGGAUACCCAAAGUUUAUAGAAUAAAUGCUGCGGGUCAGCAGAAAUUUGCACUAAUGAUCUUUGACUCCCAAUUUGUGGACAAAUAUUAGAGAAGUUUGUUUAUUCUUGUAAAAUGUGUACAGCCUGCUACUUUCAGAGAGAUUAUUUUAAGAAAAAGAUAGUUGUUCUUGCAAGUGUGGGGGUUUUUUUGUUUUGUUUUGUUUUUUAAGAAACCUUGUAACUACUUUUGCUGCCUUUCAAAAAAAAAAAAGCUGUGUGAACCUUUGUAGAACUGCCAGCUGGGGACUCUGUAGCUCAGGGGAUUAGUGGUAGAAUAUGGAGCUUUUCACCUCCAGCUCACCAGUUUGACUCCAGCCCAAGUGGUUCGUUCUUGAAAGUACUUACCAUCCGAUGGUUGUAGGAUGACUUACAUGAAAUUAAACUGGUUAAACUGGCCCAGUUCCCAAUGAUGAUAAUUAGCCCCUUUGGACAGGUUUACUGAUUCAUUCUGUCUGUGUGCCACUGGUCACUGUAGGGGUGCAAAAUAGACACAAGCUGAAUUUUAAAGCUGUUCAGCAUCCCUUCAGCAGGAGGAAACAGAACAUUUGAGUGAAUCUAGUUGCUUACUUACAGUCUCAGCAGACAGGUCCAGAGUUGGAAUGGACAUGAAUAUUGAAUGUAAUUAUGGGCUAUGGUUCCUUCAACUCAGAUAUGUGGCACUUAAAUUGGGGUUUGUGCUUUGAUGAAAGAGAAGACUUCAUUCUCCAUGCCUGACAAUGUGGUACCCUUUGUGAGCCUGAAGUAAACUAUCCAGAGAAAAUGAAAUGGGACAAAAUCUAAGAAACCAACAAGAUCUCCCAAACAAGCAGUUACAUUUGGAAAAGAUUUUGUGUAGCUUUGACCUGCCUCAACCUAACUUAAUUUUGAAGGUUGUUAACAACUUGCCUUCUUGCACUGCUUUAUCCUGUACCUCUUGUCUAAGAGGUUCUGCAAGGAUUUUCUCUUUUUGAGUGAGACUGUUCCAUCCUUCUUUGUUGUAACACAUUUCUCUGCUGAUUCUUGUGCAUAAUUUCACUGAGACCAGUGCAAAUAUUUUAUGUCAUUGUCAAUGGCUUAUUGUUGAUGUCUGCAUAAAGUGGCAAUCUGAGAUUUAGAAGAUCUUAAAUAAAUCUCCAGGUCUGUGUUGCUGAGGGAUGUUUUGCUUUUCUGUAUAAUGAAUUUCUGAAGGGCAACCAUUGCUAACCUCAGGUCUUCUUUCAGAGAGGGGAGAAAUCUCAAAAUCACCUAUCCCUCAGCCACCUCACAUUUGGGUGAUGUUUCCCUGCACUAAACUAUUUCCAAAGUUGUCCAAUUUUUAUCAUGAUUGGUGGUUCUUUAACAUGGCACUGUGAUAUGAUAUUGGCUUGGAAACUGAUAGGCUUGAUAGCAUAGAUGUGUCUUUGUCACAGCUUAUUUUCUUGAGUCACACUCUUUGUUUGCGCAUGCCCAUUAAGAAAAAAAAAUCCCAAUUUAACUUGCUCAGCAUUCUUUGGAAAUGCAUGCAUAUUGUAAAUGUCUGCAGAUGUGUAAAUCAGAUCACAAAGAGACAUCUGUUUCCUUUACCAUCUGGUUUUUAUUGCAAAUGGAAUUGUCUUAAAAUACACUUCAGCUGGUUUGUGGGAGCCGGGAUCAGAGUUUUGGCUUAUUAUAUUGAAAUAUGUGUGUAAUUAUUGUUUAUUUGGGUGGUAAGCAUUAGACAAUGUCAAAAGUGCAGUGAAUUUCUUUGUACAGAUUACUGGUACCCUUGCUGAUCUUUAAUAUAAAGGAGUUCUUGCCUUUCCUUCCACUCUUACUAUUAUGUCCCUGUCAUACCCUGCCGUCUUGUCCCUCCCAUAUGUACAUUUCACACCUUCUGGAGCACAUUGUGAUAUCUCAUUAUGACCUAGAUAAAAGUAGCUCUUUCUCGGCCAGCCAUUAAUCUGUCAAAAUAGGCCUCUAGCACAAUAAAGCUAUUGCUAUUUUGUGGUCUCACUAACCAUGACUUAGCUGUCAUUUACUAGCAGCGGUUGGUUUUUCCCCUUCAGUCCUAGAUUUCACCCCUGGCUAGAUGGAAUGACAUGUUAAAGGAAAUAUUAAACAAGUUAAUAUACACUGACACGUUAGUGAAACUUUGGUUUCCAAGUAUCAUUCUCUCAAAUUGGUUUCUCUUUGAAGCCAUUUCUGAUCAUAUGUUUUUUAAAAAAAAUUGAUGUCUGUACAGCCUGUACUUGACAGGAUAAGUUUCAGCAUUUGCCUUCUAUUUCCAGGAUUUACACUCUAGAAUCAGAACAAAUAAAAAGGCUUUUCUCUGUCAGAUGUUUUAGGGCAGCUGAAGGUAAGAAUUAAGACUGACUGUGUAUUUGUGGAAGUAGAAAGAAACCUUUAAAUCCCUUCCUGAAAGUGCCAUAUGAAAUGCCACAGUAGCCUAUAAACCAGCUUUUUUUGGUGGACAGAGUUGUCUGUCAGGAGCAUCAUUUGUGCUGAUUUUUGAAUACAGGUUAUCCCAUGCGCUUACAUUCAUAAUAGCGUCAUUGCUAUCAUUAAUUAUAUGCAAGAUUUAGGAGCUAUUUCUUUUCUGUACUGUACUUUCCUGGUUCAAAGAAUGCAUAAUCUAUUAUUCAAAUUUCAUUGCAUUGUGUGUAGUAGAGAACUCUGUUCUUUAUUUUUAGAUCUUGUUGUGAGGGCAAAUGCAUUACAAUCAUUAUGCUAAAAAUAUGUAAAAGAAAAAGCAGUGUCUUUGAGAACAACAGAGUAAGAAUGCCUAAGGAAUAGUAAGUCUCCAAUUUUCAAUCAAAUAAUUGUUUUGUUGAGUUUUAGAUGGUAACUUACAUGACCACUUGACCGAAGUGAAUACCAGACAGGAGUUAGCCCAGCUAUGGAGCUGAAGGACUUUGUGUUGAGAUUGAGGUCUUCUAGCUGUAUGAAUAGCAACCCAAGAUGUAGCAGAAAGCUGAAUAAACGUGCAUAUGGUGAAUGAGAAUGCCCACAAAAAGAUGCAGAUCUGGAACUUCGGAGAAUAAAUUUCAGUGGCACCAUCCAUGAAGUGACAUUUGUGGUAUGGAGAAGCAGGAAUACUGUGGAGGCCUGGUGAUAAAAAAAUUAAAAAAAUAAACUUGUUUUUCUCUGUUAAAGGAUAAAUUCCAAUUUUAUGUCUGUGCUGAUCUUAAAUCAGUUGUUAAAUCUUUUUUUUUCUUAUGCAGAUGUUUCCAUUGAGACUAGUGUGGCUCCCUGUAUGAAGAAUAUGAGUACAAUUUUGUAAUAUGAAAUGAUUUUGUGGGUGUGCAGUUAUCCUCAGAAUUCUGUUCUGUCAGUAGCAUCCAGAGGAAGAAUCGUCACUAUGUAGACAGACAUCCCCUUUCUCCAUAUAGUAAUGUUUAAGACUGUCAGUAAAAUUUGGGAAUUGUUAGACCUUUUUGAAAAGCAUAUCUGUUUAGGUACAUUGUGUUGACGAGUGUUCUGGCACUUUCACACUUUCAUAAAGAUGUUCAUGAAAACUAGUCUCAGUACUUUAUCUUAACUUUGCCUCCUUUUUAUCUCUGUGUUAAAUGUUUUUAUUUUUACUAUAUUGUAGUUAGAACUGUGCAAUUAUGAGACAGCUAAGAUUCUGACAUAUUUUUAAAAGGCAGGCUCUAUUUAAAUGCUUAUAUCUCUGAAUCAUAUUUGGAAACCUAAGAAAAAUAAACGCCAAGGAAAACAUUUCAGUUAUUUACUUACUUCGUAACUAAGUGACAUUGGCCCUGGGGAGAUGCACAUGGGUCUUGGCAUUCAGAGUUCUAUCAAAUCGCAUGAAUCUAUAGUCUCUGAGCAUACCUAAAUGCCUCUGUUGCUCCUAGUAGGCUUUUUCCAAGAGCGAUGUCUGUGGAGAUGAGCCUCAGUAUUGUGAUCAGAUUGGUUCCUUUCACCUCUUAGCACGCAGUUGGCCUGCAGUCCUCGUCAGAUUUGUUUGAACAGUUAAUUUGCCCGAUCCAGAGUUGAAUUUCUGUACAAGAUCCUUGAUUAUGCGUAAUGGAUAUGAUAUAAUUAAUUUCACAUUGUAAUGCUUUUCUGAUAGUGUUAGAAUGCAAUUCAAACAAAAAAUGUACUUCAGGUUUUAUAAAGUUACUGGUAACUCAUUUGUAAAGCUGCAGUCAUGGGUCAAGUUGGGUUUUUAACCAUAAAACCAGUUUCACUUGCUGUUGAAACUUAAUGAUGUGACUGCUAGGGAAGACCUGGCUCCAUCUGACAGUCAGUUAUUUCCAUUAUUAGUCUUAGAGACACUGUUUAUUUGAAGAACAUGAACAUGCAUAAUUUGGAAUAUAAUACUGCAUUUGCUGAAAACAUUUAAAGUGUAAAGUUCAAGGUUAAGGAUAAAAAUGUUACCUCAAUAUUUCUGUAAGUUACAAAAAUUAGCCCCUUUGCGAGUGGCCCAUAUGUUGGGUUCCAUAUGUUGGAAUAUUUUUUAAUUAGAAACUGUGAUAUUUAUUUAGGUGGGUGACUGAGAAGUAAUUUAUCCAAAUGAUUUCUUUUUUCUUUAAGAGGUUAAGUACUGGAUUUUAACACUUCUAUGAUGAGGGCAUCCAUCGUAAGCUUUCCUUCCUUUCUCUCAAUUCCCUUUUAGCUUUGGUUCAGACUAAAACCUUUGUUUAAAUCUCAUCAUGAAUGGGCUGUUUUUCAAGUGAGGAGUCUGUCUGGAGAUUUAUAGUCUCAAAUUCCAUUUCAUUGCAUUUCAGUGUGGAAUAUCAUGGACUAUGAGUCACAGAUCAAAUCCCUAAAUUAUGAGCUGUUCAGAAUUGGGCCGUAAGUGGAAUGAUGCCUUGCUGACCUCAAUGAAUGUUGUGCCAUUGACUUCAACAGGGCCAAAAUACUAUCAUCUACUAUCAUCAAACUAUUAUCAUUUGCUUAGCCUGAAUAUUCCAAAACAGUAGAAAUUAUUGGAAGUAAAUACCUCAAAUGAUCAUGAAAGAUUACUGUUCCUGUUAUUUGAUGAAAAAGGAAAUACAUUUUAAUAAUUAAAAAAUUAUAAAUUGCUCUGUAACCUUUAUCAAAGCUACCUGUAGGCUGUCUGAUAAAUUUAUAAACACAUAAAAGGAGGUAUAGAAACAAGCAGAUAUUCAAACUAAUGUACAAAGCACAGUUUCAAGUGUCAGGACUUUAAUUUUUCUUGAGUGAAGAGAAAUUUGCUGAUAUGUGAUCUACACUAUUCUCAUAAAGGAUGUGAAUAGGUAAUCUUGUGCUGUUUCAGAAAAUACUUAAUAAUGGGAAAGUGCAUUUCACAUUACUGAAAUGAUACUGGUUUAAAAUAAACUAUACCUCUUUUCAGCUGAGAAUAUGUUGAGAAUUAUGUGUGAUAUGGGAGAACAAAGACAGUCUGAUUUCAUUCACACCUGCCUAACAGAAUAAUUUCUGAAAGGUUCUUCAUUUAUGCUGGUAUAAACUCAAUAUUUAGUUUACUGCCUUUACUGUGAAACAUUGUGGUGUUUAAGAACACGACCUGAAUUCAUUUGUGUCGCAUUAGGUAAUUUAACUUUCAGACCUAAAUGAGGAACUUUGUCACUGUAGAAUCAAUGGAAAGCAAGUGUCACCUUCAAAGGUAAAUCAGGCAUUGCUUACCUCUUUGUAAAUCCUCAAAGGCCAAGUGUGACUAAACUCUUACUUUAGAUGCCCACUGAAAGCCCUCAAAGGAAGUGGGGUGAAUUUGGCUUUAAAUGUGUGUGGUCUUACAUCUAAGUAGAUUUCUGUGUCUGAGCAGUUCUAGUGCAUAAAUUUUUAUGAAACAUCCUGCAUAAAAUAAAACUGUUGUUAGUAAAAUAA